AUGCCAAGCGUCGCCGAGGGACAUAUCUCCAAAUCAGGCAUCCGGAAGCUGAGCAACGGCGAGUCCGUAAUUCCUUCCUCAACUCGUGCCGAUGGCUCAGUCCGAAAAGAGAUUCGGGUGAAGCCUGGCUACAGGCCCCCGGAAGACGUUGAGGUCUACAAGAAUCGCACCGCAGAGGCAUGGAAGAAUCGAGGCAAGAGCGGCGUACCUGGCGCAGAUACAACAGAGGAGAAGCUGCCGCCGCACAAGGCCGCCGCCGCAAAGAAUCUGAAGCGCAAGGAGGCCAGGAAGAAGGCCGCAGCUGCUGAGGCAGAGGGGAGGCGGGAUGCUGAAGGCAAUGCUGCUGGUGGCGCGCAGUCGGCCAACGGCGAGCCCAAGGUUGCCGAUGCCAAAGCUGAGGCCCUCGAUGCUGACGAGCAGGCUGCUAAGGAAGCCCGCAAGCUGGCCAAGAAGCUUCGACAGGCGCGCGAGCUUAAAGAUAAGAAGGAAAAGGGCGACAAUUUGCUGCCGGAACAGGUCGAGAAAGUGAUCAAGAUCAAUGAGCUCAUCCGACAGCUCGACAAGCUGGGCUUCGAUGCGGAAGGCGAGAAGAAG